ACCCUUUCCUUUCUAGCCUAGAAGUAAAGCACGCACUCCCAUCUUCUCAGCCUCCGCUGUUCCACUCUCCAUUAAUGGCGGAAACGUCGAAGAAACAAGAAGAGAAGGCCAAGGAGCCUCUUCUGUCCCAAGAACCCAGCAAGCAACCCUCCCUCCCAACCCCGACCAAACCCAGCUCCCCCGCUAGGGCCCUCGCCUUUUGGGCUUACUUCACCAUCUCCGUCUCCCUCCUCACCUUCCUCCUCGCUUCCCUCCCUUCCCUCCGCCCCCCGGAUCACCGCUCCUGGUUCCUCAGCCUCCCCGACGAUCUCCGCCAUCAUUACUACAAGGGAAAGCUCAUCAAGGUUCACAUAAACCCUAGCCGCUCCCCCAUCCAAGUCUUCGCUGUCGAACAUGGCCCUAGAGACGGGGAACCUGUGGUUCUGGUCCAUGGGUUGGGCUGCAGCUCCUUCUCUUUCCGCCAUGUACUCCGCUUGCUCGGUUCCAGCGGUCUCCACGCCGUCGCCAUCGAUCUUCCGGGCUCAGGCUUCUCGGAUAAGCUGGAUUUGAGGGAGCAUGGGAGAUGGGAAGGGAUUCUUGGUCGAAUUUGGGAUGUUUAUGAUGAGAUCAAAGAGAAAGGUUUGUUUUGGGGAUUUGAUCAGCUGGUUGAGACAGGGCAGGUCCCUUAUGAGGAGAUUGUUACUAGGGAUUCCAGGAGAUAUGGUGCUGAGAGCUCGGGAUACGGGUCAGCGGAGAUGGGGCGAGUAGUAGGGCAGGUUAUUGAUUCAAUGGCGUUGACGCCUGCCCAUUUGGUGCUCCAUGAUUCGGCAUUGGGGACCGGAGCAAAUUGGGUUUCCAUGAAUCCAGGGCUGGUGCAAAGUGUGACACUGAUCGAUCCUGCUGCAGAAUCUGUGGCAUUUCCUUCAUGGAUGCUCGGACCUCCAGUUCUUGGGGAGCUCCUUCUUGCAUCUCGGUUUGCAUUUUCUAGGUUACUCAGAUUGUGCUGCUCGAGGUCCAUGGAUGGGUUGGUGGCUGAGGCUUAUAGGCUUCUAUUGAAGGGGAGGGAUGGGAGGAAGUCGGUGGUUGCGGCUGGGAAGGCGCUGAAUUAUAGCUUUGAUUUGGGAGAAUGGGCAGGUACAGAGGUGGUGAAGGACAUGGCAUUUCAGGUUCUCUGGUCCAAUUCUUGGUCGGAUAGAUGGAUUGAUGAAGGAAAGCGAGCUGCUUCUGCCAUCCCAAGGGCAAAAUUUGCUUCCCAUUCUGGUGGGCGAUGGCCUCAGGAGGAUGCAGCGGAAGAAAUAAGUGAAAUGAUUGUUCAGUUUGUAUCAUCACUGCCGAAAUCUGUCAAGCAGAAAAAGGAAGAGCCUCUGCCAGAGCACAUCCAGAUGAUGUUUGACGAAGCAAGUGAGGGUCACCACCACCAUCACCAUCAUGGUCAUGGUCAAGAACAUGCAACAGGUUAUUUUGAUAUGUAUGGUCUUGGUCAGGGGUGGGGGGUUUGAUAUUCCUUGUUGAUGUGGUGCUUAAAAAGGAUAUUCCAGAAAAGGUUCAUCGCAGGAUGGUUUCCUUGCAUAUCCUUGUGAUAAUUUUCUUCUGAGGUUGUUGCUUAUAUCAGCAUGCUUUUACGCAGCCUCUUACCAAAAGGAUAGGAUUGGCCCAGCAAGAACGUUUUAUGUUGUGUGCAGCUUUUUAAAGUGGCACUUAUCCGUCUGCUUGAGAGGCAGCUUGUGUUUGAUUGUAUCCUUUGAAAGAAGUUUUUUUUUUUUUGGCAUUGCUAGUUCUUUGUAAUCAUCCUUUCUUAAAGACAUUAAAAGUUGCUUUAUUCAUUGCAGUCAAAAACAUGCGUGCUUAUUAAA